ACAACAGUGAAUGGCCAGGAGGAGCCAUCGGAUUCCUCCUGCCACCCCCUGGGAUGGAGCCCUAGGGAUCUACUGAGCUGCCCCUGCCCUGGCUGGGCUUACAGCCUUCUCCCUGCACUAAGCCCAGAGCUACCAAUUGACCUCUCUCUUUGGACAUCACUGGGCUCUGGAGGGACAGGGUCAAUCUUACUGAGAGGAUGGUUGGACUGAAGCCUUCAGAAGUGCCUCCCACCACCGCUGUGAAGUGCCUGGGGGCGGGCACUGCGGCCUGUUUCGCAGACCUCCUCACCUUUCCACUGGAUACAGCCAAGGUCCGCCUGCAGAUCCAGGGAGAGAACCCGGCGGCACAGAGCGUGCAGUACCGCGGCGUGCUGGGCACCAUCUUGACCAUGGUGCGCACCGAGGGCCCCCGAAGCCCCUACAACGGGCUGGUGGCCGGCCUGCACCGCCAGAUGAGCUUCGCCUCCAUCCGCAUCGGCCUCUAUGACUCUGUCAAGCAGUUCUACACCCCCAAAGGAGCGGACAAUUCCAACAUCGCCAUCAGGAUUUUGGCGGGCUGCACCACGGGGGCCAUGGCAGUGACUUGUGCCCAGCCCACCGAUGUGGUGAAGGUCCGUUUUCAGGCCAGCGUGCGCCUGGGGCCCGGGAGCCACAGGAAAUACAGCGGAACUAUGGAUGCCUACAGAACCAUCGCCAGGGAGGAAGGGUUCAGGGGCCUGUGGAAAGGAACUUGGCCCAACAUCACAAGGAAUGCCAUCGUCAACUGUGCUGAGAUGGUGACUUAUGACAUCAUCAAGGAGAAACUUCUGGACUCUCGCCUGCUCACUGACAACUUCCCCUGCCACUUUGUCUCUGCCUUUGGAGCUGGCUUCUGUGCCACAGUGGUGGCCUCCCCAGUGGAUGUGGUGAAGACGCGGUAUAUGAACUCACCCCCAGGCCAGUACCGCAGCCCACUGGACUGUAUGCUAAAGUUGGUGGUCCACGAGGGACCCACAGCCUUCUACAAGGGAUUCACCCCCUCCUUCUUGCGUUUGGGAUCCUGGAACGUGAUGAUGUUUGUAACCUAUGAGCAGCUGAAACGGGCCUUGAUGAAAGUCCAGAUGUUGAGGGAAUCUCCAUUUUGAGCAAGACAAGAAGGCUACUUGGUACUUACCUUGCAUGAGGCCAGUUAAGGAUGAAAUAAAGCAGUG